UUCAGCGCCCUCUUUGAUACAAACUCAAACAACGUCAAAUAUUUAUUUAUUAGAAACAUAAGAAAAAUGUUUACCAGAAGUAAUUUAGUAUAUAAGUACCGAAUCUACACCAAGUCUAUCCAAAAUAUUCAGACAAAUUUGGUGCGAACAAAACAAACCAAAGCAGUCGAACUUUUACACAACUCGAGUAAAUCGCCUCCAGUGAGAAACAAACAUUUUCAAAAAUGCAAAGACAUUGUCAACAACUCACAAUUGGUACAAACCAUCUCUAGAACCCUCACGUCCAUCCAAGACAAGUUUAACUUCAAGAAAAAUGAAACCACACAAAGAACGAUACUUAAUAGUAAAUUCUUUCUUUCGAGUACUGCCGUCGCAACGGCUGCCUCUGCCACUCCCAAUGUAAUUAUUGAACCCAUUCCUGAACCCCCACCAGUUCCAUUGGAAGCUCCUGAAGCGGCCGCGGAAGUCGUGAGUCAAAUAAACGCCUUGGGUGAAGCCACGUUCGCCUCUUUGGGGCUCGGGGGGAAAACUCCCGUAGGCUUGGUGCAAACAUGUUUCGAAUAUUUGCACGUUACCUUAGGAAUACCGUGGUGGGAAGCUGUGGUUAUUGGAACACUGGUUAUUCGUUUUUGCAUGUUCCCUUUGGUGGUCGUAGCGCAAAGAAAUGCAGCUAAAAUGAAUAACUACAUGCCGCAGUUGCAAAUGCUUCAGUUAAAAAUGACUGAGGCGCGGCAGACGGGAAAUCAGUUAGAAGCGGCAAGGUACUCUCAAGAAAUGAUGCUCUUCAUGAAGGAGAAACAACUGAAUCCUCUUAAAAAUAUGAUUGUGCCGUUGGCACAGGCUCCCGUGUUUAUAUCGUUUUUUAUUGCGCUGAGGGAAAUGGCGAAUGUUCCUGUGGAUAGUUUACGAACGGGGGGGUUGUGGUGGUUCACUGAUUUAACUGUCCCUGAUCAGUAUUUCUUAAUGCCAUUGAUUACAAGUGCAACACUUUAUGCUACCAUUGAGUUGGGAACAGAUACAGCAAAGUUGUCAUCACAGAAUUUGCAAACUAUGAAAUAUGUUCUGAGAGCUAUUCCUUUGAUUAUUUUGCCGUUCACAAUUAAUUUCCCUGGAGCUAUAUUGUGUUACUGGGUGUCUAGUAACUUCAUCUCUUUAGCGCAAGUGGGGAUAUUAAGGAUACCAGCUGUUAGGGAUUAUUUUAAGAUUGAGAGAAUGAUCACCCAUCGUAAAUUGCCAGUUCAGCCAAAAGGGUUCACUGAAGGAAUAAAAGACUCGUGGACUAAUCUCAAGAUCACUCGUGAAUUAGAAGACCGGCGUCGAUUGGACGAAUUACAGUUUCAAAAAGCCGGCAGAGGUCCAGUAGUCAAGACUUACAAAUAUGAUCCGACAAAACAAACAAAUCCGACCGCAAUUAAUGCGAAAAAACGGUAAUUAUCUGAUAACGAAGUUAUUAAUAAAUGUUUGUGUUUAUCAAAUUGA